AUGUUUUGUUAUUUUCCCCUAAAAUGUCCAAGUAGAUAUGUGUUUAAAAAAUAUUUCGAUUUGAAGAGAAGGAAAAAUAUAUUUUUGUCGUUCUCUUAUGAAGAACGAAACUUUUCAAGCAACGAUAUAAAAUGUUCACCUCAGUUAAUAAUAAAAUGUGUGAAUGAGACUUACAAGUCUAAAAGUUUUAAUAAAAUAAAAUGGAAUUGUAUCCAGAAUGAUAUAAUAAAAAAUAUAGAAAAGUUCAAUAUAACAGAAAUUAUACAUUUAAUAAAUAUAUUAAGUCGUUUACAUGUUGGAUCAAAUAUCUUAAUUCAUUUUAUACCAAACAUUGUUUCAAAAAUAAAUGAUAUUAAGUAUGAUAAAAUUACACAAAUACUUAUAUGCUAUAUGAAAGCUAAUAUUAGAAAUAAACAAUUUUAUUAUGUUUUGUGUUCAAAAAUUAAUAAUGAUAUACAAAAGAUAUCUUAUUCCUUUUUAAUAAAGUUGUUAUAUACCUUGAACUUUUAUUCCUCUUUGAGUAAUGAUGAUCUUUUAAAUGUGGAGAAGAAAAUUAUUCGAUCCGUUAUCGAUAACUUUAAAUCCUUUUUAGAAUCUAACCAGGAUAUAAAUAAUAAGAAUAAAAAAAAUAUAAAUAGUAUCCAUCAUAAAAAAGAUACUUUAAUCGAUAAUACUAUUCGGAAUCAUAAUCAUAAUCAUAAUCAUAAUCAUAAUUGUAAUCAUAAUUGUAAUAAGGAUAUUUCGGGAAUUAACUCAAAGGAUACCACAUUAAACAUAAAUAAAAAUAUAACAAUAGAACAGUCGUCUAACCAAAUUAUUAAAUCAGCUGAUGAAAAAAAUAUAUCAUGUCAAUAUAAUAAUGUAUAUUUAAAAAAUUAUAAUUUUAUAUUACUCUUUUAUUCAUUGAGUAAUUAUUUAUUUCAUCAUAUUUUUAAAGAAAAAUAUUCAUGCAUAGAUCAAAAAGAAUAUAUAGAAAAUAAAACAAUUAUACAAUUAAAAGGUAAAUAUAUAGAAAUGUUAAAUAAAAUUAAUGAACCCAAAGAAAUUAAGGCACUACACGAAUUGAAUAUAUUCCAUACCUUAUUAUUAUAUAAAUCAAUAAUUAACACUAUAUAUAUAUCUGAUAAUAAUAUGUGCAUACAAAAAGAAAUUUUCAUAUUUAAUCAUAUACACGAAAAAAUAAAUAAUAACAUAAUUAUUAAUUUUAAAAAGGAUACUAUACAUAUAAGAGGAAAAAUUAAUGAAUUAAUAAAAUAUAUGCAAAUUCUACAACAAAAUAUUAUACAGUAUAUGCAAAAAAGGAAAGAUCAUUUCAAAUUUUAUUUUAAAAAUAAUAUUUUAUUAAUUAAAAAUAUACUCACCAUAUUACAGGAAAAAAAUAAAAAUGAUAUUAAAAGGUACUAUCUAUGGCAUAGGGAAAAGAUUGAAAUGAUACAAAAAAUGUUAAGACAAGUUGAAAUGGAAAGUUUAGGAAUAAACAAUAAUAACAACAAACAAAAAAAUUAA